UGAGUAAUGCUAUGUGAUGCUGUUGUUACUGCCAUUUCAUCAGCGGAUUUUCACAAACAUCUCCAUCUUUAAACAUGAAAUUGCUAUGAAAUUAAACCAUCGACAAGUUGUAAGGACGGCCAUUAGCCAAUUUUACAUCAAACUCGCCAUCACAGUAACAGUUCCCUGUGUAGAAUAAAAUAAUACAAAAGGAUACUAGGACAAGUCUUAUUUGCGUAUCACUGCUUGGGGUAAAUCAGUGUUUGACUAGGCCUCCUGAGAUCACUGUUUCAGAGAGCAUCUUCGAUAUACGCGAUUUCUCAAGAUCAUGGGGUUUGCUAUUUCCAGCCGUUGAUCGCUCAUCUAACAAGAUUCUAUGAGAGAUGGAAGCGAUAUGGCUGUACCAGUUUCGACUCAUCGUCAUUGGGGACUCGACAGUAGGAAAGUCGUGCCUGAUCCGGCGAUUCACAGAGGGACGCUUUGCGCAUGUGUCCGACCCCACAGUAGGUGUAGACUUCUUCUCACGCCUAGUGGAGAUAGAACCAGGCAAACGCAUUAAACUUCAAAUCUGGGACACAGCCGGACAAGAGCGAUUCAGGUCUAUUACCAGGGCUUAUUACCGUAACUCUGUUGGGGGGCUGCUGCUGUUCGACAUCACCAACCGUCGCUCCUUCCAGAAUGUGCAUGAGUGGCUGGAGGAGGCCCGGAGUCACGUCCAGCCUCACAGCAUUGUCUUUCUGUUGGUGGGCCACAAGUGCGACCUGGAGCCCCAGAGGCAGGUGAGCCAGCAGGAGGCUGAGAAGCUGGCAGGUACCUAUGGCAUGCGCUACGUGGAGACAUCGGCUCGCGACGCCAUCAACGUGGAAAAGGCCUUCACUGAGCUAACGCGGGACAUCUUCGAGCUCGUGAAGAGCGGUGACAUCAACAUCCAGGAGGGUUGGGAGGGGGUGAAGAGUGGCUUGGUGCCCAACGUGGUGCACUCCUCAGAAGAGGUCACCAAGAGCGGCCGCCGGUGCCUCUGCUGAUUAGCCUGUCUGUCUAGUUGGCUUCACUCUUCCCAGCCCAUGCAGUCCUGUUAUAUUAUGUCCCACUAGCUCGCAAUCUUGUCACAUAUAUAGCUCUCUCACUCCCAUUCUGACUACUGGAAGGCCAUUUCUGCUCUAGUCUACCACUGAAUAAAACAUGAAUACAGCUACUUUCCACAGUAACCUUCCUGGCAUCUGUCUUACCUGUUACAGGCACUUGAAAGACAAGAAAUGGCCUGUUUUAUGAUUUUGUUGUCCUCCCUGUAUUUAUGCUUCAUCUUGUGCCCCAUAUAAGGAACACACCUCAAACUUUACACGUCUGUUCUGUGUUCUGGAGUCUGGAGAGCUCACACAACUUUCAGGGGGGGGGUUCAAUACAAGGGGAAAACACCAGAUCUAUCACAGCUUAUUCCACCUUGUCUAUGGAAAGAGCCAGUACACUGAGGAAAGCGUGUGUUGUAUUGCUGGCUGUGUGCAAUGCCUCCUCUGCUUUUGGUGUGAGACUGAUGGCACCACCAGACACAUGAACAACCAAGAACACUAUAGUGUAUUGCCAUCAUCCUUUUCAUCACAGAUGGAACCAAAGCUUGCGUGGACUGAAUCAGUUCUACAUGAGUAUCAGCAGGGAAUUUGUACAGUUGAGUGUUGGGUAGGCUGCACUGUGAGAUGCCUAACAUCAAUGUUUUUCAUUUGCCAUUUUCUUCAUCGUUGCUCAUAUUAAAUGCACAGUUGGGGACACAAGGUACUGUAUAAGAUAUCACCUUUUUUAACUACCCUGGCCAUCCACCAUAAUCGUUAGAGAAUGCGUCCCAUGAGAAAGACAUUGUAUAUACUCCAUUGGCUUUAACAGUAAGCCCACCCCUUAAACAUUGACAUCUACACAACGAUAGCGCCUCCUGAUGUUAUGAACACCAAGCUUUAAAUGGGGUCAGCUGUUCUAGAGUCGUUUUUUUAUUUAGUUUAUUAAUACCUGCAUACUGUAGGGUCGUAUGCUUGUAGUUUUAACAUGAUCCUAAGCAACAUUCCACAGGUGUCCAAUAUUUCUUCCCAGACUAUUGCACUCAGACCUGUGCUUUAUCUAACCGUUAUAUCUUCCAACCACAACCUUUAGUACCUCUAAAAUGUAUUUUUUCUCAAUGCCAGUUUCCACCCUCCCCAUUGAACUUUUUGGGUUAGAUAUGAUCCCAUUUGCUGCCAGGUCCAUGUCCAUAUACAACGUUAAUGCAAGCAGACCAUAUCUGAGAGCAAUUUAAAGAGCCUCCUAGGUUCAAAGUAUCUAUGCAGCAGGAAACUAACCAUUUGCUCAAAAACAAAGCUAUAACAUGUAUUAAUCGACCUGAAUUUUACUCUCCUUCAGGGUUCAAUACUGCAUGUGUAUAGUUGCAUUUUAUCCAUUUGUAAAUAGCCUGGGUGUUCUGGAUCAAUUUCUCAUCUCAUUUCUAGAACAUGAAAUGUCAUAAUGGUGUGAUAGAAAUGGGAAAUUCCAUGACUUUCAAUAUUUGUAGGAGAUGCAGUGCAUUUGGAAAGUAUUCAAGACCCCUUGACUUUUUCCCAAUUUUUUUACGUUUCAGCUUGUAGUGUCAUACCCAAGAAGAAUCAAGGCUGUAAUCGCUGCCAAAGGUUCUUCAACAAAGUACUGAGUAAAGGGUCUGAAUAUCAGUUUGGGCACACCUACUCAUUCAAGGCUUUUUAUUUAUUUUUACUAUUUUCUACAUUGUAGAAUAAUAGUGAAGACAUCAAAACUAUGUAAUAACACAUAUGGAAUCAUGUAGUAACCAAAAAAGUGUUAAACAAACAAAAAUAUAUUUUAGAUUCUUCAAAGUAGCCACCCUUUGCCUUGAUGACAGCUUUGCACACUCUUGGCAUUCUCUCAACCAGCUUCACCUGGAAUGAUAUUCCAACAUUCUUGAAGAAGUUCCCACAUAUGCUGAGCACUUGUUGGCUGCUUUUCCUUCACUCUGUGGUCCAACUCAUCCCAAACCAUCUCAAUUUGGUUGAGGUCGGUUGAUUGUUGAGGCCAGAAUGUUGAUGCAGCACUCCAUCACUCUCCUUGGUCAAAUAGCCCUUACACAGCCUGGAGGUGUGUUGGGUCAUUUUCCUGUUGAAAAACAAAUUAUAGUCCUACUAAGCGCAAACCAGAUGGUAUGGCGUAUUGCUGCAGAAUGUUGUGGUAGCCAUGCUGGUUAAGUGUGCCUUGAAUUCUAAAUAAAUCACUGACAGUGUCACCAGCAGAGCACACACACACCAUAACACCUCCUCCUCCAUGCUUCACGGUGGGAACCACACAUGCGGAGAUAAUCCAUUCACCUUCUUUGCAUCAGACUAAAGGGCAGAUUUCCACCAGUCUAAUGUCUAUUGCUCAUGUUUCUUGACCCAAACAAGCCUCUUCUUAUUAUUGGUGUCCUUUAGUAGUGGUUUCUUUGCAGCAAUUCGACCACGAAGACCUGAUUCAUGCAGUCUCCUCUGAACAGUUGAUGUUGAGAUGUGUCUGUUUCUUGAACUCUGUGAAGCAUUUAUUUGGGCUACAAUUUCUGAGGCUGGUAACUCUAAUGAACUUAUCCUCUGCAGCAGAAGUAACUCUGGGUCUUCCUUUCCUGUGGCGGUCCCCAUGAGAGCCAGUUUCAUCAUAGCGCUUGAUGGUUUUUGCGGCUGCACUUAAAGAAACUUUCAAUGUUCUUGAAAUGUUCCGCAUUGACUGAACUUCAUGUCUUUAGGUAUUGCUGUCGUUUCUCUUUGCUUGUUUGAGCUGUUCUUGUCAUAAUAUGGACUUGGUGUUUAACCAAAUAGGGCUAUCUUCUGUAUACCACCCCUACCUUGUCACAACUGAUUGGCUCAAACGCAUUAAGGAAAGAAUUUGCACAAUUUUCCAAAAACCUGUUUCUGCUUUGUCUUGUGUGUAGAUUGAUGAGGGAAAAAACCUAUUGAAUCUAUUUUAAAAUAAGACUAACGUAACAAAAUGUAGAAAAAGUCAAGGGCUCUGAAAACUUUCUGAAUGCACUGUAUCUUACAACAACUGGAGUGUUGCUCUGUUCAGGGUAAUAAGAUAGUUUGGUUUCCCCUCUUUCACUUAAGUCACACCCUCUGAUUAUGAAAGGAGAGAGAUCCCUGGGGAAGUCCACAGCCUUUAGAGAGACAUCCGUUACCUACAUAUUAUACAUGCGUAUUGAGCCUCCAUGUGCCAGACACAUGUGAAUACCCUCCCCACCACAGGUGGCUGGUGGCAUCUUAAUUGCGAAGGACGGGCUCAUAGUCAUGGCUGGAACGGAAUAAAUGGAAUGGUAUCGAACAAAUGAAACGUGUUUUCCAUGUGGUUCAUACCAUUCCAUUAAUUUCAUUCCAGCCAUUAUUAUGAGCUGUCCUCCCCUCAGCAGCCUCCUGUACUCCCCACCUAUGUCGUUGAAUGGACUCUCCUGACUGUAUUCUCUGCUAGGCCAGGUACCAGAUCAGCUGCUGAAUUCACAACACUGGCGCUAAACCAACUUUGUUUUUCAUUCUAAACCAUUGAACGACUGUGAUAUAGGAAUGUAGAGAGAACAAUCUUAUCAUAUUUCAUGUUCUCUUGCUAUACUCCUGUCAUGCAGAGGUUUGAAAUGGCUAUGAAUCACGUCUUGAUAAAUCUAGUGAGAGCUAAGAUGUAUUCCAAUUAAAUUGUGACUUGUA